AUGCAUCAAAAUAGUUCUACAAACAAAUUGUUCGAUUGUUUGUCGAACAUCACACGGACGUACUUCGACAGACGGACUAUUUAUAUGUACUUCAACAAAUCGGGCACAGCGGACUAUACGGCUGCCGUCGAUUCGUUCACCAAGGCAGUGCAGACUCCAAAAGUCAUAAUGCCGUAUUCAUCGUUCAACGUAGUGCAACAGGCGAAGGGCGUAUUCGCGUUUCUGGCAGAGGACGACUUGUACAUGGAACUGUUAAACAUCACACAGCAGAGCCAUUUCGUGGCUGUGUGGACUAGGCAAUUGUCCAUGAACGGUAUCCGACGGGUGUUCCGGGACUUCUGGGGUCACGGUAAACACAUCAACAUCAUCGGACUGCUGAUGAUGGACGAUGGCACCGUUAACGUGUACACGUACAGACCGUUUUCCAAUUACGGGUGUAGUAAACUGGGCCGGCCGUUCCUGUUGGACUACUGGAAGAACGACACGUUUCGGUGGGGUGUGGACCUAUUCUCGAGCAAGUUAAAAACGGGCAACAUGCUGGGUUGUCCAAUCAAAUGCGUCGGGAACGAGCAACCACCGGAUAUCGUGUUGCGGCGGGAAGCUGACCAGCAGUGGUCUAUGUCCGGCCUCGGCGGAAAGAUGCUGGAGUUUGUGGCCAAGUACAUGAACUUCACGCCGGUGAUUACAUCGCCUAAAGGUGACAUGGACGAGAUGUACAGCUGGUACUAUAGCGCGGACGUGCUAAACAAUAUAACGGUUAUGUUGUACAACGAUGAGGUCGACUUGGCUUUCGGUUGGUACUCGUACGCCACUCUUAACCACGAUUACACCACGGAAUUGGCCAAAUCCACGAGUGUCGAUUGCCUAGGAUGGGCCGUACCGUAUCGCGCGGGUCCUCGGCCGCAGCCGUGGACCAAUUAUGUUUACGAGUUCGACAAAUUCGGUUGGAUGUUUAUCGGAUCAAUUUUCGUAGUGGUUGUCGGCGUAUUUUAUUUCUUCCGGAAACUGGGAAAACUUCACCAAGUGAAUUCGGUAGUGUUCUUUGUGUACCAUACGGCUAUCGACCAGCCACUCCGCGUGCAGCCCGUCUGGUGCAGUCUGCGUACGUUCAUGAUACACUGGCUGUGGUACUGUAUGGUGAUAAACGUUGCGUACAAAGCGUCACUUGGUAGCUUCAUGACGGUGCCGGCGCACGGGAUCGAGUUCACGCGCAUGGACCAGAUACUGGACUCGAAACUGGUGAUGGUGACCAGCCCGCGAUCGCUGCAGAUUAUGAAUGCGACAACGGGCACCUCCCGGAUAUCGCGGACGUUUAUGAAGCGGCUGCAGCAGCUGCCGCCCACUAACUUCCAGCACGUCAUUGACCGGCUGGUGGUCAAACGGGAUAUAGCACUGUUCGAGAUAAAACGGUUCAUGUACUAUUAUUCCAUACCGCAGGCUCGACGCAUCAAGGUCAAGAUACCUAUUCGCUUCUUGCCCGGGUGUCUAUUGCGCACGCACACCACCCAAUUCAUGUUCAACGGCGGCUCGUACUUAACCGAAUCCGUGAACGCCGUGCUUAGCAUGUUGUUCGAGACCGGUAUCAUCGACCAUUGGAUCACGCAUCUGGGCUCCAACAAGGUGCUGCCGAUGGAGAAAAUCCGUGGACGAAAGUUGAAAUUGGUCAGGAUCAAGGAAGCGUUCCUAUUCCUGUUCUUUAGCUACGCAGUCGCGUUCCUCGUGUUUGUCGGCGAAAUAUGUUGGUCCAAAAGAUUACACCGUCCUCUGCUGUUGAAUGUUUGCAACACCAGAAUCGCAUCAAGCACCGACAUCAGUAGCCCUGAUGUCGGUAAUGCUGGUCACUACAAAAAAGUUUUAUCGCGUCGCCGCCCGUCCUCUCGUGUUGAACUGUUACCAUUCGUACACUGAACUUAUUUUGAUUAUAGAUAUUAUUAUUUAAUUGAAAUCUAUUGGAAAACAAUGCAAUCGUAAAAAAAAAAUGUUUAUUUAAUUUUGUUUUUCUAGUUUUAAAUAUCUUAGCCACAAAUCAACCAAAUAUACGACGUGUUUCACUCAAAAAGUAACACAAAAUAUUUUCAUCUAAUGACCUCGAAUUGAAAUGUGUUUUUUUUCGUGAAG